AUGGAUCGUGGAAGAGGGCAGCCUGAACUGGCGUUUGCAAAGCGCGGCUCGAUGAAGUUAAGGAGGGGCCUUGUUGCUAUCACGAAUUCUAAGAACGCCCACGCGACACAUUGUUCCGAGCAUUCACACUUGUUACAACGAUGCGGCUUCGGGGGUGAGGGGAGCUGCGUGGCGUCACGAGUGACAUCACUGGCUUCUGUUGGCGCCUCCGACACUCGUGCAAAGUGCUUGCCAUGCGGCAGUCACCGCAGCGGGCCGUGCAGGGAAGCCGAGCGCGCACGUCCCCAUACAAAAUCAAGCCAGACUUUCCAGAUGGCUGUGGGCAAUCUAGAAGAGGAAGGAAGACAUCAGAGGCAAGCUGAAGCCAAGGUAGCAGAUUACUUGGGUACAUUGAGAGAGCUUGAAAGAACACACAACUUGCUUCAAAGCAUAAUGAAUUCCAAGCGCAGAGACCAGAAUGCAUUCAGAGUGAGGGAUGUACCUGGUUUUGCUGAUAAAAUCUCUGAUAACAUCUCUGACGAUUGGAGGAAUUCAGAAGAGACUUGUUUGCAGAUUGUGCAGAAACUUAACGCAAGGCAGACUUGGACCUGCAUGCUUUUCCUGGCGGUGACAGUUAUUCAUGUUCAGGCACAGAUGACAGGCUGUUAUGCCAAAAAUGAUAAUCCUCAGGUGGAGGAGAACAACCUUCCUGGGCAUGUGGUGACCACCAUUGAGAAAGAUCCUGAGGUCACAAUCACAAUUGAUCCUACAACAGAAAACCCUGAAUAUUUUUAUAUUAAUGGCUCACAACUAAUCCUGAACCAUUCUUUGGAUUUUGAGACUACAUCAGCAAUAUAUGUAAGGCUGCAGUGCUGGAGAGGUGGUGUGGAAGUAAAUACUGUGGACUUAACUGUGACUGUUACCAACGUGAAUGAUAACUCUCCUGUGUUCAAGGAACCUAAUAUCACUGUCAGUAUUAUUGAGGAUACCAAAGUAAACACAACUGUUGUGCCUCAGGGGAAUGUAACUGCAACCGAUGCUGACUUGGAGACAAUAUUUUACAGCCUUUCAGGAAGUCCAUUGGAAGCAACAGACUAUUUUAAUAUAAAAGGAGUAAAUAACCCAGCAAUAUAUGUGCACAAGGCCCUGGACUAUGAAAAAAUAAACUUCAUGCAGUUGACUUUAUAUGCCACGGACAGUGUACACACAGCCACUGCAACAAUAACCAUACAUAUCCUGCAGGCUGACCUGAGACCUCCCUGGUUUCAGCCAUGCACUUUCAUUGCAGACAGCAAAGUGUGUGUCAAUCAUGGCUACUCUGGCCAGGUCAAUGUCUCAGAGCUGGGGGUAUAACCCUUGAUUCUGAAGCCAGGACCUCUCUAUGCUGUAGAUGGGGACAUAAGUUUGAAUGAAAAAAUAGAAUAUCGCAUACUUGAUGGAAAUGACAAUGACACAUUCUCUGUAAACAGAGAUACUGGGAACAUAACAAUGAACAAGCCUGCAAAUACUCUAAGAACUUUUGUGCUGUACAUCAUGGCUUCCCAAGCCAAUAAUCAAUUCAAAUUUUCCCAAACUACAGUGGAAAUCAGUGUUGUGCGUAGAAAUGAUCACAUGCCCUACUUCGAGAAGACCAUUUACUUUGGGACAGUGUCUGUGGAACUACCUGUUUCCAGCUUGGUCAUGGAUGCUGGAAUACCUUCAAGGCCCCUGCAGAUCUUUGCUGCUGAUGAAGAUUUUCCUGAUAAAGUCAAUCCUGAUAUCAUAUACCAAAUCCAAAACAGUACAGAUUUCACUGUUAGCCAAGACAGAUUCAUCCUGACUACUGAGGUUCUGAAUUCAGCCUCCAGCAUAACACUUUUGGCUGUAGCUAUUGAUAAGACAACUCUGGAAGAGGCAAGCACGCUGAUCACUGUAGAUGUCACAGCUUUGGCAACUACAACCAAAGUCUCCAUCAUCACAGUGAACACUUCACAGUCUCAGACCUCCAAACCUUCCAUGACGGGGAUAACCCAAGCAACAAUCCAUACUCUUCAGUCAACUUCUCGAACUGCAACUACUUCUCAGGCAGGAUCUACAAAGACUCCCAUUGCUGCGGCUCGUGUUUCACUGUCAACUGCUAGAAUAACGUCACAAUCUGAAAACAUCAAGUCUUCAUCAACAACCGUUCAAUCCACUGCUCAUUCUUCAACAACGGUCAGAACUCCCCAGUCUACCAUUCUGGCAACUAAAUCUACCACAAGAAGUGUCACCACAGCAACCAUUUCCCCAUCGGCCACCACACUGUUUCAAAUAUCUUCUUCAGCUACAACAGGUACAACAACUGUUCCCACAACUGCCACCACCAUCACAACUGCCCCAGCCACCCGAGAGACAACGACCACUAUUUCAAAUCCCUCAGUUUCAUCAUUAACAACUGGAAUGAAUAACGUUCCAUCUACAGUUCCUUCUGGAUCCUCAACAGUCCCUCCUGCAAGUACAGCAAGUACUGCGGGAAAUACAGCCUCUGGACCCAUUAUUCCUCCUUUGGCAACUACAACCAAGUCUCCCAUCAUCACAGUGAACACUUCACAGUCUCAGACCUCCAAACCUUCCAUGACGGGGAUAACCCAAGCAACAAUCCAUACUCUUCAGUCAACUUCUCGAACUGCAACUACUUCUCAGGCAGGAUCUGCAAAGACUCCCAUAGCUGCAACAAAUGUUUCACUGUCAACUGCUAGAAUAACGUCACAAUCUGAAAACAUCAAGUCUUCAUCAACAACCGUUCAAUCCACUGCUCAUUCUUCAACAACGGUCAGAACUCCCCAGUCUACCAUUCUGGCAACUAAAUCUACCACAAGAAGUGUCACCACAGCAACCAUUUCCCCAUCGGCCACCACACUGUUUCAAAUAUCUUCUUCAGCUACAACAGCUGAAUGUAAUUGUGAAGAGCUGAUUAUUCUUAGUGCCACUUUGGGGAGCAUAUUAGCAGUUACGUUGGUCCUGCUAGGACUGACCUGCGUGUAUUUCAAACGCUUAAUGAAACAGAAAGAUGGAGAAGACAGUGACCAACUGUCCUUGGGCUCCACCAAUGACUGCUUCCAGGAUGAUGAGAGGCCUGAUUCAGGUGAAAGAGAUGAUGAAUCAUCAGCAAGUGAGGAAUCUGAAAGCAAUGAUCCAGUUACAACGGUGCCGUUGGGUACCCCACCUCCACUGAAGAAGGCUGCAGGAAGCAGCCAGGCACCAUCAGGUUCCAAAGGGAUAGAAGAAGGUGAAGAAAAAGAAGAGGGAAGCACUGACAGUGAAAAGGAAGUAAAAUCCAUUCUCACUAAAGAUAGGAGGCCGGUGGAUGAUGGAUACAAGUCUGUGUGGUUUAAGGAAGACAUUAACUCAGAAGCUAAGGAUGACGUUAUGUUGAUUGAAAUUGACAGUGAUGCAAAACAUGAUGAACAUGAUAGAAGCAGUGGUACAGGUGGCAGUGAUGUGGUCUCAGGAGGAACCCUCUCAGAAUGUGGUCCUGAUGACCGUUCACUUAGCACAGUUCUUUAA